UCACCACUGCCUUCAACUCAUCACAACAUACCGUUGCAUCGUCUCAAGAUCUCAAUAUCCCCUUCUAUUUUCCAAAAAGAAACAAACAUUUUCUCUUAUUCCUCUGUUUCAAAAAGCAAACAGAUAUGAUCAGUCCAAAGAAACUUAUCAAAAUGGCAAGGAAGUGGCAGAAGGCGGCUGCCAUCAAAAGGAAAAGAAUUUCGCUCCAAUUAGACCAUGGGGAUGUCUAUGCUAGUGCUAAUACUAGCUCAUCGUCAGUGGUGGAUAAGGGCCAUUUUGUAGUCUACAAAGCAGAUCAAAGGCGCUUUGUUUUCCCUAUAAUGUAUCUUAACACUGAAAUUUUCAGGGAGCUCCUAAGGUUAUCUGAAGAAGAGUUUGGACUACCAAGUGACGGACCUAUUACAUUGCCAUUUGACGCAGUUUUUAUGGAUUAUGUGGUCUCUUUACUCCAACGGCACACAACAACAGAAAUACAGAAAGCUCUGCUUGUGUCAAUCGCAAAUAGUAGAUGCUCCAUGCCUUGCUCUAUUGAUCAAGAAAAACCAUUCCAACAUUUAAUAGUCUGCAGCUUCUAGAUCCUUAUCUAUAGCAAGGAUCUUGUAAAUAAUCCACAAUAUUACAGUCUGCCGAAGAUUUUAAGAUCUCUCCAUUUACUCUAAUACAGAAUUGCCAAUCUUCUCGAGUACCAGGAUUCUACA